UCCAAGAAGCUAGUAUCUUGAAUAAGAAACGAGAUUUAUUGAGUAAAAAACUAAACGUUUCCACACGUUUAAAUGAGAUGAUGACACACUUUGAAAACUUCAAAACAUUUGUUGGAAAAGUAGAAAUCUAAGAUCACGUACAACUUUCUUUCGAUUUGUUCAAUAACGAUAAAAAAAUUUAACUCCGUCUUAAUGUCGUAAAAGCUAUAACUUUUAAGACAUUAGUAAAAAUUAAAAAAGUUAAGGCUCCUAAAUGCAUUAAUUUUUAAGGCAUGCAAAGUCGUUAAAAGUUUUUUUAAUUCAUUUAAUGUGUUCAAACGAAUUAAAAGUCCGAAAAAGCAUUAAUACGUUCACAUGAAUUAAUUUUUAACUCCUGUGAACUCAUUAGGCCGCUGUUAAAACCUAUGAACGUAUUAAAUUUACGACAAACAGUUUUAAUGCAUUCGAAUGCAUUAAACGAUUUCACGCAUUUGCACAUAUUAACUUCUUAAGGCGUAUGAACACAUCAAAUUAAUCGGAAUACAUGUGACUCCAUUAAACGGAUGAAAAAACUUCUUAAUGCAUUUGAACGUGUGAAAAAAUGUAAGAAGUUUAAAUGCGUUAGUUAAUAAGGCAUUUGGAGAUGUCGAAUCUGUAAAAAUGCACUAGAAAAAUUAAAAAAGUUAAGGCUCCAAAAUGCAUUAACUUUUAACGCAUGCGAAGGCGUUAAAAUUUUUUUUAUUUAUUGAAUGUGUUCACAUGUAUUAAACGUUCGAAAUGCCGAUUGUAAUACGUUCACAGGAAAUUUUUGGUAUCAAAAAAAUCCUCUGGGUAAAUGUUGUUGGUGAUAAUGGUGCGUUUUACGGUAGGUUCGUUACAAACAAAUUGAUCAUACAUUGAAUGAACGAAGAGUUUUGUACAGUCUACGACAUCCUUGUACAGUCAAAUAUUUUUUUAGUUUCAAAGAUAAUUCCUAUGUUUAUCUUUCAAUUGAGUAUAUUACCGGAGGUGAUUUAUUUACAUACCUAAGACAUAUGACAAAAUUUAAUGAGAAACAAGCAAAAUUUUAUGCCGCACAGAUCUAUUUAGCAUUCGAAUAUUUGCAUUAUUUUGAUAUUUUAUAUCGGGAUUUAAAACCAGAAAAUAUUUUAAUCGCAGAAAAUGGUUAUUUAAAAGUCACAGAUUUUGGAUUUGCAAAACAUGUUUCUGGACGGACAUAUACUCUCUGUGGUACGCCAGAUUAUUUACCACCUGAAAUAAUCAAACAUAAAGGAUAUGCCAAAUCUGUCGACUGGUGGACUUUUGGAAUAUUAUUGUUUGAAAUGGCCGCUGGACAACCACCAUUUUCUGGAAAAGAUCAUAUACAACUUUAUGAAGCAAUUAUAAAUCAAAGUUUUAUAUUUCCAAAUUAUUUUUCAGCCGAAUUGUCCGAUAUAAUUCAGAAAUUGUUAGUUAUUGAUGUUAGUACACGUUUAGGCUGUAUGGCAAAUGGAAAUAAAGAUAUUCAAAUUCAUCCAUGGUUUGAUAGUAUUAAUUUUGUUCGCAUUCAUCAUCAACAAGAACAACCACAAUACCGGUAUGCAUUUUAA